AUGGCCCGCCGCCUCAGUCACCAUGACUACACGGUCGGGUGGGUAUGCGCCUUGCCGGACGAGCUGACUGCCGCUCAGGAGAUGCUUGACGAGGAACAUCAGAAUCUUCCUUCGAACCACACCGAUUCAAAUAUAUACACCCUAGGGUCCAUAGGAGCCCAUAAUGUCGUCCUGGCGUGUCUGCCUGCAGGCCAGACCGGUACCAACUCUGCUGUGGCAGUGGCCAUGCAGAUGAAAACUACGUUUCCGGCCGUUCGAUUUGGGCUGAUGGUAGGAAUUGGAGGCGGCGUUCCAAGCAAAGAAGCAGAUAUUCGGCUUGGCGAUGUUGUUGUCAGCCAACCGGGCAACGGUCAUGGCGGGGUAGUACAAUACGACUUUGGAAAGUCAACACCAACCGGGUUCAAGCGGACGGGGUUCCUCAAUGCUCCGCCCACAAUCCUCCUCGCCGCCGUUACGAAGCUUCGAUCCAACCUCGACCGAGGGAGAAGUAGUCUGUCGCCACACCUGUCAAAGCUUGGUAACCUCCCCAAGUUCGGCCGCGAUCAAGCAGGAAGCGAUUUGCUGUUCGAGGCGGAGUACAACCAUAGUGGACAGGAUAGCUGUCUAUCAUGUACGACCGCGAGGACGGUACAGAGGAACGAACGGGCGGACAAUAUACCUAUGAUUUACUACGGUGCAAUCGCGUCGGGGAACCAGGUAAUGAGGGACGGAGUCGAACGGGACAAGAUUAGCUCAGAAUUCGGAGGAGUUCUCUGCUUUGAGAUGGAGGCGGCCGGGCUGAUGAAUACCUUUCCAUGCCUGGUGAUCCGCGGAAUCUGCGACUACGCUGACUCCCACAAGAAUAAGAGAUGGCAGCCAUAUGCGGCGGGAACAGCAGCGGCAUACGCGAAGGAGUUGCUAGGCGUGAUACCGGCGGCGGAUGUGGUGGACACGCAAACGGUCGAUGAAGCACUACGAGAGCAGGCUUUGUCUAAAGGUCGGGCGGUGCUUACACGUCGAUGGGCGGAUGAAAGAAGCUGUUCUUUGGCUACAGGAGUCUUGCAAAUGGAGGGAUAUAAAUCUUCCUCAAAGUAA